AUGACAAGUGCCACGCCAUCAAUUACCAAUUUAGCUGCAGCAAACCUAACCGCACAAUUAACACAACUACAAUCGCAAUUACGACAACAAUUUCCUGUAGUAGGAACUGGAUUACUAUUACAUUCUAAACCAGGAAAGAAAGCUAAAUUUGCAAAAGUAAAUACCCUAAAUCAAUCAGGACAAUCAGGAUCUGAAGACAGAUAUUCUACUUGGAACUAA